CAUAUGCCUGGAGUACCGACAUCGAUAUCUCUUGGUGCAAGCUCGGCAAAGGCAACGGAAAAGUCCAUGGUGGUUUUAUGAAAGCUUUAGGGUUACAGGAGGGUCAAGCAUGGCCGAAAAAUGUCAGAAAAGAUGAUGAACACCCGGUUGCUUACUACACCAUCCGACAGAAACUGAGAGAUUUCUUUCGGACACAUCCUAAAACGAAAUUCAUUCUGACCGGACACAGUUUGGGUGGCGCACUCGCAAUUCUCUUUUCGGCAGUGCUGAUAUUGCACAAAGAAUCGGAUAUAUUGGAGAGGUUGGAGGCAGUGUACACAUUUGGGCAGCCUAUGGUCGGAAACCAGAAGUUUGUGGAGUUCAUGAAAGGAAAGUUUAAACAGUAUAGCAUAAACUAUAUUAGGGCUGUAAACUAUGAUGAUUUGGUUCCUAGGCUGCCCUUUCAAGCCUUGGACUAUAGGCACUUUGGGAAAAUGGUCCUUUAUGAUACCAACUUUGAGCAAAAGAUAGUUCAUGAAGACCCAGAGGAAAACUACUUCGCGGUGUUAUCAUUUAUGAAAAGGCAGCUAAAAAAUGCAAAGGAUGCGGGAAGAAGCUUGAUCAAUGCCUUCACAAGUGGACCAGAGAACAGAGGACGUUGGCUGCAAAGAUCCUGGAGGAAUUUCAAACAGUGGCUGUUUCCCGGUGUAUCAGCUCAUUUAAGCGAUAACUACGUAGAUAGAGAGAUUCCUAUUGUUGAGGGUUAAAAACUUGUUGACAAGGGGCAAAUAGCGAGCCCACUUUGAUCCUGUAUCUACUGGUAAUAAGUGAUAUGUACAUGUGUGUGGGUGUGGGUGUGGGUG